AUGGACUCAAACGAGCAAUCAUCUGCAACACACCGAGGAGAGGACUAUGAAAGCGAGCAUGUGCACACAGUCUACGAACAGAUCGCGUCCCACUUCUCCUCCACCCGCUACAAGCCCUGGCCCAUCAUAGAGCGUUUUCUCAAAGAUCUCCCAGCCGGCUCCGUCGGACUCGACAUAGGCUGCGGCAACGGCAAAUACCUCGCCGUUAACCACGACAUCUUCAUUAUCGGGACCGAUCGAUCCCACAAUCUCGUCUCCAUUGCAAAGCAACAUCAACCGCACGGCGUCGCCGUGGCGGAUAUUCUCACUCUACCUCAUGCAUUGCAUUCUUUCGACUUUGCCAUUUCCAUCGCUGUGGUGCAUCAUCUCUCCACUCCUGAACGGCGGAUAGAGGCAGUAAAAUCGGUAUUGGAGACUUUGAAGCCGGGUGGGCAAGCGUUGGUCUAUGUUUGGGCAUUGGAGCAGGAGGGCAGUCGGAGAGGGUGGUCAGAGGGUGACGAUCAGGAUGUCAUGGUGCCUUGGGUGAUGCGAGGGAAGAAGGCGAGUAAAGAGGGACCGCCGCCGGAGGACCGGACGUUUCAUCGGUACUAUCACCUGUAUCGGAAAGGAGAGCUAGAAGACGAUUUGCGGUCGGCGGGCGGGAAGAUCAUAGAGGCAGGGUAUGAGAAGGAUAAUUGGUGGGCUAUUGCUGCUCGAGCAUGA